GAGAUAACACAGGGCAGGGCAGGGCACGGAAGAGAAGAGGGGGAGAAGAACGAAUCGAACCCAGACUCCUCUCCUCCUCCUCCUCCUCCUCGGCAGACCCUUAACCCCAUCUCCCGCCCCCGAACCUGAGGAAGGAAGCCAUGGGUGAAACCGCCGACGCCGACGCCGCCCCCGCCGCUGCGCCGACGAGCAGGUUCGGCAGGAUCUGCGUCUUCUGCGGCAGCAAUUCCGGCAACCGCCCGGUGUUUGGCCACGCGGCGCUCGAGCUCGGCCAGGAGAUGGUGACGAGGGGGAUCGAUUUGGUCUACGGCGGCGGCAGCGUCGGGUUGAUGGGCCUGAUCGCGCAGACAGUUCUUGAUGGCGGCUGUCGUGUCCAAGGGGUGAUUCCAAGAGCUCUCAUGCCCCUUGAGAUAUCUGGUGCUAGUGUUGGAGAAGUAAAGAUCGUCACAGAUAUGCAUGAGAGGAAAGCCGAGAUGGCAAGACAGGCCGAUGCAUUCAUUGCUCUUCCUGGAGGGUAUGGAACAAUGGAAGAGUUGUUAGAGAUGAUAACAUGGUCACAGCUUGGAAUUCACGAGAAACCCGUUGGUUUGCUAAAUGUCGACGGUUACUAUGAUCCGUUGCUUGCGCUAUUUGAUAAGGGUGCGGCGGAAGGUUUUAUUAAGGCCGAUUGCAGGGAGAUAAUUGUGUCAGCGCCAACUGCCCAUGAUUUGCUGACGAAGAUGGAGCAAUACACCCGUUCACACCGGGAGGUGGCAUCGCGCACAAGCUGGGAGAUGACCGAACUGGGCUAUGGAAAAGCGCCAGAGGAAUCGUAGCAACAGCUUGCUAAUGUGAUAUCGUUCCUUGCCGACUCAUCUAGUAGCAUUACCAUUUGCCGAACUGGGCACUGCACUGCAAUUAUCCUCCUUUUCUUAACUUUCCAUUGUUGGUUGCCUUCGAAUGUAAGUGUGAGCUGAUCUGGUUUUCACCCGGUUUCCUUUAAUUGGCUGGCAAUCUCUGUCUUGAAACGAGGCAAAAACUUUUGCCUCCAGUUAAAACAAAAAACAGUGUGAGUAAAUGCACCGCAUGGUGGUAACUUUGUUCGCCUUGCAUAUGCUUCGAA